UGUUCUCUAUCGGGGCGACUCGGCGUGUUGUUACCAUGAGAAGCUUAGAGAUUGCUGGUUCGAUGGGAGCUGAGGCGUUUUGAGGCUGGGAUUAUGCGCGUCUGUUGUCACGUUAUUUUCAUCUUCCUUUCUUUUUUCCCUCUUUGUUUUUCUUUUUCUUCGUCUCCUUCUCUUCUUCGCUUUUGUGCACUUUUCUGGUUUCCUUUUGCGCUUUUUCUUUUCGUUUUCUUUUGCUGGAUAUUUAUACCCGACACUCUUGUUUGUAAACGUAAGGACUCCCCCUAGGGGAGCCAAGGAACACGCGCAGUUCUGGGACUAAGGCGUCUUUGCUCGUUGCUAUGGCCAGGUUCUUUGAUAGAGUCUCCGGCUUGUUUUUGCUGU